AUGACAGAAGUGAGGAGAGAAGUGUUCGGGGAGAUGCCCCCAGAGCAAGGUGGGGGAGUGGUGGAGAAGUUCACCUUAAAGUCAGACAGCCUGAAAGUGGAGAUCCUGUCCCUAGGCUGCAUCAUCGCUGCUCUGGAGGUGAAAGGCAGGAAUGGAGAGUUUACAGACGUGGUCCUAGGCUUUGACACUUUGGAAGGGUACACCAGGAAGCAUCCCUUCUUCGGCGCCGUCGUGGGGCGCGUCGCCAACAGGAUUGCCAAGGGGAGGUUCACCCUGGAGGGCAAGGAGUACCAGCUGUUCCUCAACAAUGGGCCCAACAGCCUGCAUGGAGGAGCCAAGGGCUUUGACAAGGUUCUCUGGAGCCCCCAGGUCGUCCCGAGCGGGGUCUGCUUCUUCCGCCUCAGCCCUGAUGGGGAGGAAGGCUACCCUGGUGCCCUGCAGGUCUGGGUGACCUACACCCUGAGUGGCAGGGAGCUGGCCAUCAACUACCGUGCCCAGGCCAGCCAGGUGACACCCAUCAGCCUCACCAACCAUGCCUACUUCAACCUGGCAGGGCAGGGCUCAGGAGAUAUCUACGACCAUGAGGUCUCAAUUGAAGCAGACUCCUACCUGCCUGUGGAUGACACAAAGAUUCCUACAGGGGAGGUGGCCGCCGUGCAGGGCACCGCCUUUGAUCUCCGGCAGCCUGUGGAGCUGGGGAAGCACCUGCGGAACUUCCGCCUGGAUGGCUUCGACCACAACUUCUGCCUGCAGCAGGCAGGGGCUCGCCGCUUGGUGGCCAGGGCUCGCCACCCACCCACCGGCAGGGCCAUGGAGGUCCACACCACCCAGCCUGGCAUUCAGUUCUACACUGGGAACAACCUGGAUGGCUCCCUGAAAGGCAAAGGUGCUGCCACCUACCCCAAGCACUCAGCUUUCUGCCUGGAAACUCAGAGCUGGCCUGAUGCUGUCAACAAGCCUCACUUCCCCAGCACCCUGCUGCGGCCGGGGGAGGAGUACAACCACACCACCUGGCUCCUCUUCAGCGCCGCCUGA